AUGGCUGCUCCACCACCGCUGAAGGUGCUAAUGCUCCACGGCUACACACAAAAUGGCCAGCUCUUUCGCGCAAAGACCCGAGUACUGGAGAAACGCCUACAGAAAGCCUUUCCAUCCGUUACCUUGAGCUAUCCUACGGCACAAAUUCAGCUGAGAGCGUCAGAUGUGCCGGGAUAUGAUGGGAACGGGGUAGGGUCGACCGAGGCUUACGGCUGGUGGAAGCGGCGAGAUGACUCGGACCCUCCCGAGUAUGUCGGCAUCGAAGACGCUUUUGACGAGGUGGCCAAGGUUCUGAAGACGGAAGGGCCCUUCGACGGCGUCAUCGGGUUCUCUCAAGGUGCAUGUAUGGCGGCUGUUGUUGCUUCUUUACUGGAGGGCCAGAGCAGACGGCAAGCGUUCAAAGAUGCACAGUCAAAAUCUACGCAUGCCAUCGCCUAUCCGAAGUCAUUUGAGGAUCUCGACCACCCGCCACUGAAGUUUGGUAUUGUCUAUUCUGGUUUCGUGCCUCCUGGCGAUAGGUAUGCUGCCAUCUAUCAGCCCCCGAUUACAACACCCAUGUGCCAUUUCAUCGGCAGUCUAGACAGCGUGGUUGAAGAGAAGCGGACGCAGGCACUUGUCGAUGCAUGUGGCGGGACCGACAUGACUCAGGUUGUCGUUCAUCCCGGCGGCCACUUUGUUCCGUCUAGCAAACAGUAUCUCGACGUUGCUGCAGCGUUCAUUCAACACCAAAUGGUACCGAAGAGUUUACAGAAUGGCGAGAAGGAGGAGAGCGUGGAAGACAUGGAUGUGCCAUUCUGA